CCGCCUGGACACCGUUGCUAAGGAAUCCCGAGUACGCGCGAGUGGGUCGGAGGCGCGCAGCUCGAGCGCUGCUCUCAGUGCUCAGACAUGGCGGCGGACCUCAACCCGGAGUGGCUGUCUUGCCUGCCUUCCUCAUGGAGUUACGGCGUGACCCGCGACGGACGCGUCUUCUUUAUCAAUGAAGAAGCGAAGAGCACAACCUGGCUGCAUCCAGUCACGGGAGAAGCCGUCAUUACAGGGCACAGAAAAACUCCAGAUUUACCCACCGGAUGGGAAGAAGGAUAUACGUUCGAAGGAGCCCGCUGCUAUAUCAAUGCUCUUUGAAAAGGAAGAUGAGGAAUAAUUGAGAUGACCUGUGGUCUACUUCUGGAGCGGCGUGUGAAGCAGAGGUUGUGCUGGCCGUCGCAGCGAUUGAAAGGCCUCUGUUGUAGUGUGGCUAGCUGGAGACGGCUUCUCUUUUUUUCUGCUUUUGCUUGGCAGCUGUUGCAGCGUCUUGGGAAUGCUGCAAAAUAAACAGCUCAUGAAGACACUCAUGUUGGUCAUUAGUUUCCGCCUACUGCCUAACAGGCCGCAGAUUGGGCAGCGCGACAAGAGGCGGAGGAUGAGCUCCCUCCCUGUGUCUCGCUCAUGCCUUGUGUUGCAAAUUAAAGGGGGAAUGCGGUGAAAUAACACACUCCAAAGAGCGGCAGAGGUUACUCUCAACGAGAGUGCAUCUAACUGGAUGGAAUAACCUUUUAUGUGAUGUAAUUUAAGUGUACUUGUUUUAGAGAUGCAGUCUGACUGUUUUUUUUCUGGGGUGUUUCUAACUGGAGUGGGAAAUAAAUGGAGCGAUGUGUGAAGAGAGGGGAAUGUUGCAAAGGUCACUUAUUCAGCUGUGGCGUGCUCUUUCCGAAUGUGCUGUUUUGUGUUUGUGUGUGCAUCUGUUCGUGUUGUGUAGAUGUUAGAUGGGUCAUAGCAACACUGGCUUAACCAGUGACCGUCUGUUUGUUUGAACAAUGGCAGAUGAAAUAGACUUCUGUUUAGUGUCCCUAUAGGGAUUGGAAUGACUUGACCCUUUAACCUUUUCACACAAAAGUUAAGAAUAUUCAAACGGAUUUUUUAAAAAUGUCAGCAUGUUUAGAAUGUACAACAUUCCAUUUCCAUGGCGAUGCAUCAAGUUUGUCACAUGCUGUCACUUUGCUGUCACAGUUGGGUUCCGGAAGUAAAAUCCCAAUCAUUUUCUCCAUAGAGGAAUUGAUGUUUAACAAUAAUUUACGAACUAAACACAGACCUACUUGAAGCUAUAAGGUUAAUUAAUAGUAAAUGCAUUUGUUAACGCCCUUUAACUCGCAUUAUUUAUAAUAAAUGGUGUUUAACAGUUGAAUUUCUGGUGAAAAACUACAUUACCCAUGAUUCUACAAUGCAACCUGACUGUAUCUGUUAUAAACUGUAGGUUUUGGUGGAUGUGAUUGAAAAGUGAACAAAAGGAAGGCAUGGACAGUAUCCAAUCAAAACAUCACUCAUUCCGCUGCAGGUGUUUCCACCUCGGCAGGGAUGCUGUUGAAUGAAAUGCCUCUAAUGGUCCUCACAUGUUUAGCUGUCGCUGUGUGAGCGUUUGCUCGUUUCCAGAGCAGCAGUAACGUGAGAUGCUGUGGUUUUAGGACAGUUAAGUGGGUCGAUGGAUGGGUGGAGUGGGUUCACAGUGAUGAAAAGCUUCCUAAUGCUUCCUAUGACUGUCGAAUCAUGUGGGGCCCGCUUCCCUCUCUCGCUUUCUCUCGCUCGCUCAUUCUGAGAGCCAUGUGGCUAGAAGAAAUGGUGUGAAAGGGUAAAUGACGCUUGGCCCUCUGAUUGUUUUGACACAAGAGCCAGGCGCUGACAGCUCAGUUCAUCGCUCAAGUUAUUCCAGUGCAAAAUAACAGAAUUUGGCUUUGACUGCAUAUAAACGUUUCUUCGACUGCUCUAAUUGGAUAAAGCAACUCCUUUUGGACUGAAAUGGUUCUGGUGCUCAUCUAAAAAAUCGGCUCUCGUUUUGACAGACUUGUGGGUUGAGAGAUAAUGUGGCUAUGUUUCUACAUGACCUGAUCUUAAACAAACAUGGCUCAUCAUUGCAGUCUUUGAGUUUUAGUUGAAGUAAUCAUGUUUUAAUUUCUAAUUUGAUUGAAUUCUCUUAUUGCUGUCCAAACUGGCUUUGAUUCAACACUUGGAAUUUAUUUAAAAGUUACAAUUAAAAUAAAUAAACCAGGUGAAGUUGUUUUGCAGCUUAUUCAUCUGAAUGGCGCCAAGUUGUGCUUUUCCAGUCUCGACGGCUUUGUUGAUUAUAACUGGAGCGAUCUGUUUAAUUUAGUAUUAUCAGACACGCAAUGUUUUUCUUUUUUUCUUCUUCUUAGUUUGCAACCAGUUUACAAAAUUGCCCAUUGCAGAGCCAAUUUUUCCAGUACAGAAAUGUAUUUUAAUCAUUGGAAACUAGUGAUGCUCUAAAAUGAAUUUGGCCAGUUCUGUUAAUGUUAUAAUAAAUUUUGGUGAUUACAUUUUAUCUAUUUACUGUGACUCAUCUGUAAUGAGAUAUAGAUCAAUUUUAACAAGCUGUUGUUUGAUAAAUAUGAAAAAGAAAAAAAAAAGUAUAAUUUCUUACUCAAUUGCUUUUUCUCUGUUGAAGUUUAUGCAGUAUUUUCAGCCAGCUGUUAUGGUCUGUCUCCUCUAGUUUUUAGCUGGAAAUUUUCUCACCUAACCAGUUGGUUUAAGACGUUAGUCACUGAGAAGCUAAUCUUUCUGGCCCAGACACUAAUGAUGCACACACACACACACACACACACACACACACACACACACACACACACACACACACAAAAUGCAGCACUGAAACUGGAAUUAUUAAAUUUAUAAUUAGUGUUUGUUUGGAAAAAACAAUCAAUUCUGCUAAUGGCAUAAUAGUAGACUCUGAAAUGAGAUAUUGACAUGAUAUUGACUAUUUUUAACAAGCUGUUAUAUAAUAAAUAUGCUAAUAUACAGAAAAUUGAACAAUUGUGUUGUUAAAAACAGAACAAUUUCACAUGCAUGCUGCUUUUUCUCCAUUUCUCUAUUAUGCAAUAUUUUCAUCAAAAUGCUAUGAUAUGUUUUCUAUAGUUUUGGCCGCAAAUUUAUUUACUUGUUAUGCACCAAAAUCAAACAUUAUGGCUGACACUGAAAGAUUGGCUUUAUUUUGAUUUUAUAUUGCACUUAACAUACACCAAUUAGUGUGACUCUACAUGAGAUAUUGAUAUUUUAAACAAGCUGUAAACAUGAUUAUAUGAUAAAACCUGAAUAGUUUUACAUGCAUGCUGCUUUUUCUCCAGGCUUAAAUGUCCGUUAGGCAAUAAAAGUGUUCAGUCCAUUUUUUUUCUUGCUUUUAGUCAUAUUUUUGAUGCAUCCCUCUUGUAAACAUAAGGAAGACAAGCUUUAUGAUUGGGCACCAGAACCAUCCAUCGGGUAACCAGAAAACUCAUUCUUGGUAAAAGUUGCAUUAAAGAUCUACAAUAAAGAAUCCAAUGUCCAGUUCAGUUCCUCCCAGGUUUGUAAGAAGGCCCUUGGGUUGUAGCAUUUAGCUUGGUGACAGCACCAUUCCAGAUGCCAGUGGAUGGGUUACUCAGCUGUUAGACACUUAAUAUCGGCUUCGGAUGAUUUGUAUAAGUGGGCUGCUAAAUGAAUGGGUAGAUGGCAGCUUGGGAGAUGAUGGAGUGCUCAUUAAUUCAUAGUCAGUGGCCGGACGCUCUCCGCAGCUUCAGAUUUUGCUGACGCAGAGCCAUGAUUCAUUUCUCAGAUGGGGUCAGGAUAGACGUUUAAACGGAUGGAUCAGUGCUCCUCUGACUUGGGCAACCAAGCGUGGCUUUCUGGGUCAGCCCACCGGCUAUGCGGUGCAACCGGGCCACACGUUUCUCUGAGAUUUUAACAAGAUGCCAGCGGCGAUCGUUCGCUCACAGUACUCAUUAGACAACAAGAACGUGGCUCAGGUCUUGCGCUCAGUGUGCGCAUUGUGCCGCCGGUGCCUGGAUCUCUUUGUUGUUAGUGCUUGACUGUGAUCGAGCAGGUGAUGCAGACGUUUUCCCAGCGUUUCCUCGCCACAUGUGGCCCCUUCCUGCAGCACAACCCGUUUUAUCUCGCUCUCCUGCUCAGCGCGUCCUGCAGCGUGAUUCAAUAGCACCGGCCGCCCAUCCUUCUCCUGACGGACACGCCAAUAGAUUCACUUAUCCACCGUUUUGACGACACUAUCAUUUGUCUAGGCAAUUCACGACUGCUUCGGGUUUUUUUCCUUAAGGCAAGAUGCUACAGGCAAAAACAUUGGUCAGUUUUGAGAUUUUGCUUCCAUAACAUCUUUAGGCUAGUGUAAAGAAAGCAUUUAAAAUACACAUUUUGAAGUGUUUAUCAUUGCACUUUAUCUGUUUGCAUCUGUAGGUUUCAAUUACAGUAAAACGUUUUCUUAAAAUGAGUUUUCAUCUCCUCUUCAGCAUCACAUACACCAGCCUAAACAGUUUUAUUCCUCUCUAUAUUCUGAAGGUUUUUUACUGAGGGGUUUGUUGAUAUGUCAUUUGCAUGAGACUGUAUGUAUUUAACAUGUAUUUAACAAUAUAAUGUGAAAAAAGUGUGUUUUUUUCUGGCUGUUGACAGUACUUUCUGAUUGAUUGAAUGAUUAAAAAAAGAGAUACCCAAUAUCCUUCUGUAAAAACCUUUAAUUUAAUGUCAACAAA